AGUGUCAGCGCGCGGGUGUGGAGGGUGUGUGGGGCACGAGCCUUCAUAUUUCUCUGACGUGAGACAGAAACUCUCAGAAGAGCAAGAAGUCAAGCAGACAGAACCAAAAAAAGAAAUAAAGGGAAAAAGCAGAAAGGCCAGCAGGUAGAGAGGAACAUGAGGACCUUCCAGAGCCAAAGUCAGCCUGCGCAGCGCGGAGCCUCCAGCAGCCUGCACAGCCUCAGCAGCAGCGCCAUGAGUCCACUCAGCACGGCCAGCAUCACCCUCGCAGCCCUACUUAUCCUCACUAUACCCGUCUGCAAAAGUGCUCCAGCAGAACUUCAGCAAGCCACAACAGACCAGAGGCAGCUACUCAGCCAGAUAGACGCUGUGUGCUCAUCGUACCUCUCUGCAGAUCUGAAGUUUCAGGUGACUGAGGCAUCUGAUGCCUUAGGGGAGCUCUGUGUCUUGAUGCUGGUUCAGAAGUUAAAGGAACUGAAAUUGCGAGAAAAUAGUAAAAGGACCCAUGUGUUGCACCCUCUCCUGCAUCUAGUUUCUCAACUCCAUACCAGAAGAGACAGGGGACUCUCAAUGCGCGCUGAACUGCAGGGACCUGCUGGAAUCCAGAGCAGAGGUUACUUCCUCUAUCGGCCACGAAAUGGAAGGCGAUCCUUAGAAUAUGAAUGAAUUGAAGAGUCCCCACCUCUGAAGCUUAGUGUACAGAGACGACACAGACCCUGAGACCCGAGCCGCUGCACCUCGACUGAGUGAUCCAGACUUUAGCCACAGCUCUCUGCCACUGCUGUAUAGUGAUGUCUGAAUGUAUACAAAUAAUAUCAUUAAAUAUACUAGUCAUUUGUCCAGAUUUUAUUUUGUGUUAUAUGUUUGUCAUUUGCAUUAAAAUGCUAUA